CGGCUCCGGGCUCUUCCGGAAGCGGAGCUGCCGACUGGCCGGUCGGACUGAGCCGGCAGGGCGCCGCGCCGGGCUCCGUCCCCGAGGUAGGGUACCAUGGACGACGCCAGCAGCUCCGCGGGCAACGGAGGAGGCUUCCGCCCGGGUGUGGACAGCCUGGACGAGCCGCCCAACAGCCGCAUCUUCCUAGUGAUCAGCAAGUACACGUCCGAAUCGGUGCUGAGGGAGCGCUUCUCGCCCUUCGGCGACAUCCAGGACAUCUGGGUGGUGCGCGACAAACACACCAAGGAGUCCAAGGGCGUCGCCUUCGUCAAGUUCGCCCGCAGCUCACAGGCCUGCCGGGCUAUGGAGGAGAUGCACGGACAGUGCCUUGGGCCCAACGACACCAAGCCCAUCAAGGUUUUCAUUGCUCAGUCCCGAUCCUCAGGAAGUCACAGAGAUGUUGAAGAUGAAGAACUCACAAGAAUCUUUGUUAUGAUACCAAAGUCCUAUACAGAAGAAGACCUGCGGGAGAAAUUUAAGGUGUACGGCGAUAUCGAGUAUUGCAGCAUUAUUAAGAAUAAAGUCACUGGAGAAAGUAAAGGUCUGGGUUACGUGCGAUACUUAAAACCAUCACAAGCCGCCCAAGCAAUAGAAAACUGUGAUAGAAGUUUUAGAGCGCUCUUGGCUGAACCUAAAAAUAAAGUAUCUGAGUCCCCAGAACAAGAUUAUUACAGCAGCAUGCGGCAGGAGACUUUGGGGCAUGAACCUCGAGUCAAUCUGUUUCCCUUCGUUGGAGAACAGCCAUCUGAGUUCCCGAGCUUUGACAAGAACGACAGCAGAGGCCAGGAAGCGGUCUCCAAACGCCUGUCGGUUGUGUCCAGAGUCCCCUUCACAGAAGAGCAGCUCUUCAGCGUUUUUGACAUCGUCCCAGGACUGGAGUAUUGUGAGGUUCAGCGAGAUCCCUAUUCAAACUAUGGUCAUGGUGUGGUUCAGUAUUUUAACGUAGCAUCUGCUAUUUACGCAAAAUACAAAUUGCAUGGAUUCCAGUACCCCCCUGGGAAUCGGAUAGGUGUUUCCUUCCUGGAUGAUGGAAGUAAUCCGGCAGAUCUCAUCAGAAAAAUGGCCACACAGAUGGUGACGUCACAGCUCGCAUCAAUGGUGUGGAGUGACCCAGGUCAGCAGCAAUUUCUGCAGUUUGGAGGAAGCUCUGCGUCACAGUUGCCUCAAAUCCAGACAGAUGUUGUACUUCCUUCGUGCAAAAAGAAAGCCCCUCCCGAAACGCCUGUUAAAGAAAGACUUUUUAUCGUGUUUAAUCCUCAUCCUUUACCGUUAGACGUGUUGGAGGACAUAUUCUGUCGUUUUGGUAACCUGAUCGAAGUUUACCUUGUGUCAGGAAAGAACGUGGGCUACGUCAAGUACGCAGAUAGGAUAAGCGCCACCGACGCGAUCACGACUCUGCAUGGGAAGAUCCUGAACGGGGUCAGACUGAAAGUCAUGCUGGCGGAUUCCCCAAGAGAAGAAUCCAAAAAGAGGCAGAGAACUUACUGAGUCUCG